CUAUCUAACACGCACCGCCGACACCACACGACUCAAGAACUCAAGCCGCAAGGUGUCCUCAUCACUGCGCAAUAAUCACAAUCAACCCACGCUACUUUACUCGCAUUAUAUCAUCAUCGCGAUUCCCGACAGCGCCAGCAAGAAAGUGCAAAAGAAAGAGAGCGCGAGAGAAAACCGGAGACACAUCAACCAUGCGGAUACCAGAGCGCUCAUUGCUCACGACCGGUUUGGCGUUGCUGGCCAUCGCCGCGGUACCAGCUAUUACGACUACAAGUAGCAUUUGCAGUAACGAACCAACCGAAUUCAUUCCCGAUGGCUGCGCCACCUACGGCAAUCUCGAAGAGCUCAAUAAAGUCGUUCAGCCGUUAGUCCAGGACAUCACGCAUGGCACCGAUUACUUCAGCUACUACCGGCUUGACCUCUACGGCCGCACGUGUCCGUUUUGGCCCGAUAACGAAGGCAUAUGUGCGAACAUCGCGUGCGCCGUGAAUACGAUCGAUAACGAGGAGGAUAUUCCGCCAAUUUGGCGCGCGGAGGAGCUGGGGAAGCUCGCGGGGCCAAAAGCGAAGCAUCCGGCUAACAACCGGAAGGCGACGGAGAGUCCGCUGGGUGGACAGCUGGGUGAGGAUACCGAGGAGAGUUGUGUUGUCGAAGAGGACGAGUGCGACGAGAGGGACUACUGUGUUCCUGAGGAUGAGACCGGGAGCAACGGCGACUAUGUCAGUCUUGUGGACAAUCCUGAGCGGUUCACAGGGUAUGCGGGUGCUGGCGCGGACAACGUAUGGAAGUCGAUCUACCGCGAGAACUGUUUUUCGAAACCACAGUCGGCCGGCGAGGAGGGCAUCAGUCAGGCAAAGCAGGACUUCGUCGAUGUCAUGCAGGACAAGCUCACACACGAGCUCCGCGGCAAGGACGGUCAGGCUGCUCUUAAGGAUAUCGAAGUCGACGAUGAGUGCCUCGAGAAGCGUGUUUUCUACAGGGUGAUCUCGGGCAUGCACUCCAGCAUCUCCGUUCACCUCUGCUGGGACUACCUGAACCAGACCACCGGCCUGUGGAGUCCCAAUCUCGACUGCUUCAUCAACCGCUUCCGCGGCCAUCCCGAGCGUAUUCAGAACAUCUACUUCAACUACGCAAUCCUCCUCCGCGCCGUCGAGAAGCUCAAGAACUACUUCCCGCAGUAUACCUUCUGCUCCGGCGACCACCUGCAGAAUCGGCUCACCAAAGCCAAAGUCCUGAAACUCGCCAACGCCAUCCCCGCCGAGUCCACGAUCUUCGACGAGAGCAUCAUGUUCCAGGAAGAUGCGCAAGUGCUAAAGGAGGACUUCCGCAACCGUUUCCGCAACGUCAGCCGAGUGAUGGACUGUGUUGGCUGCGACAAGUGUCGCCUCUGGGGCAAGGUGCAGACGCAGGGCUACGGCACGGCUCUCAAGGUCCUCUUCGAGUUCGACGAGAACAAGGAUAUUUCCGAGAACCCGCCGCUGCGAAGAACUGAGCUGGUAGCACUCAUCAAUACCCUCGACCGCGUCUCGCAUUCGUUGUCUGUCCUCCCCAAAUUCCAGGAACUAUGGGAGCUCCGUAACAGCACUGCCGCUGCCGCAGAGCAGGAGGCUGCGAAGAAAGCGAGAAUCGAAGAGCUCGGUGACGAAGAGGAGAGGCCGAAGAGACCCCCUCCCACCUUUAGCGAAGAGUUCUGGGCGGAAUGGAAUCUCGUCUGGAGGACUUUUUGGUUCGUGAUUAGGAGUUGGUACGAGCUGCCGAAGAUUCUCCUCACCAUGGGGUACCAAGAGUUCAGGGACGUAAUGUACAAACUCCUCAACCGUGAGCCCGGUGCGCGUCUCUACGAGUGGAAGAGCGACCUCGAAAAGAAGGCAAAGUCCGAGCUAUAGAUGGAUGAGGGGGAGAGGGAGCUGCUGCCAUUGUUGUU